AUGGUUGAAUUAGCAAAUUGUUCGUCACCAUGUUCAUGUCUUAUACAAAAAAAUAAAACAGGCAUUUCGACUCCUGUAAAAUUUUCUCCAUCUACGAAUGCUACUACAACAGGUUCUGUUACUCUUGAAAAUUUACAACCCUAUACAGUAUAUUCAUUGGAAAUGAACUGUUCACAAGUCACAAAUAUUGGAACUUUAGUAGUACGUACGGACGUUUUUCGACCAUCACCACCUCGUGAUUUUGAAGUUCAAUUGAAUGGUCACCAUCUUGAAUUGAAAUGGAAACCUCCGAGUAUUCCACACGGUCCAAUUAAUGACUAUAGAGUGACUAUUGAUGGAAUCGAAAUUAAACCUCCACUGAACAAUAAUGCAUUAUUUUAUCGUAUGGAUAAGAAUUAUAUAUUGGGUACAACUAAUAAAAUUAGCAUCAUCGCUUGUAAUAUAGACACACAAGAGAGAAUAUUAUGUUCUAAUUCUAAAGGUUCUGAAACCUCAUAUUUCAACACAAACAACAGUACGAAUCCCAAUAUUUCAGCAACGAAAUCAUCACUAACGAAUAGUAUUAUGUUAAAUACGCUACCGAACGGAUCAGUAUUGAUUCAACAAAUUUCAUUGGUGACGAUUUUAUUAAUGAAGCUUUUAGUAAUUAUAUAUUAA